UUCAAAAAUAUAGGACAAAAUGACGAUGUACGGUCUAUACACUGCUCUGUAUAUGUUAACUACUUUACAAAUCGUGUUAUGUCUAAAGUGCUACACUAACUAUACACUGGACAGCGGUCUAAUCGGAACUGAGAAUUUCCAAACUCAAGAAUGUACAAUGCAGCGUCCUGGCUGCGUAAAACUAGAAGCCGACAUUGUGUACGCUGUUGGACCUGACCGACUUGCGUAUGGUGAAUGCAUAUCGAAGAUGAAAUGCAAGAAUUUGGGUUGCAACGAUUACAUGAAGAAGUUAAAAGCUAUAAACGGUACAAUUAAAGUGAUAAAAUGCAACGCAACGUGUUGCUACGAUGACAACUGUAAUUUGCCAUUCUCUUUUACAACGACCACAACCACUACAACAACAACAACGACAACAACAACAAGAACAACAACACUCGACGCCCCAGUACGAUUUGCACCCACAGGCCGAACUACAACAAGAACAACAACGACCAUUUCUGCUCCCGUUACACCUCUCACAGUAAUGUCCCAGUCGCCAGGUGACGCCCCAGCGUUUAAAGUGCCAAGAACCAGAUCGACGACGCCAGCCGGCACAAUGUUAAUCACUAAUGCACCAAGAGACGACUCGCGAGGCGACGCACCGGCGUUUUUUGCACCGAUUGGUCGGCCGCAUACAGGCAAUACAACGAACUUUGCGUCUAGUACGAGGCAUGUAGGUUUAGCUUAUCUACUAGUUUUAGUUGCAAGUGCAUUUAUCGCAUUCUGAAUCGUGUUGUUCAAAUGAGGUUGUAUAACAGUCAUCGAAAUUAGCUGUGAUUUUAAACUAGUAGACAGCGGAAAUAAUCUACUGUGGCACGAAUAUAGUCAUGAUAAAGGUCUAUUUUUUGUAUUUUUAUUGUUUUAUACAUGUUACGAACAGACAAAAUGAAAAUGAACGAUUACAAAUUGAAUGAAUUCCUAAAUAACUUGUUUCUACAUUCCUGUUUUGUAUUUAUUUCUAUGUUGAUGUUUUAUGUACAGGAACAUAUUUUACGUGCAGGUUCAGUAAAUUAGAGUAAAUCUAAAAGCUGAGAAUCUUAAAGAUUCUACCCCAAAGAUUGUAUAAAUAGACCGCAGGCGCAUUAUAGGUUAAAGCGGUUUAACAAGACAAAUACGUUGUUGGAGCUCAGGCGCUCUUGACUUCCGUAAGCAAUAAAUUAUGUGACAAA